CUCCGCAAAUGAUGUUUUGAUUAAUUAGUAAUUCAAAAAAAAUCCCAAAAAAUGGAGGCUGGAACACUCGCCAAAGUCCUCAAUGACUUCUACACGACUGUCGAGGGUGAGCUCAGUUUGUCAAAGGGCGAAUUCUUCCUGAUCCAUAACGUCAUCGAUAAACACUGGUGUUAUGGAGUAUCGAGAGACAGGAGGGGCAAUUUCCCUUGUAAUCACCUGCUUAAAGUUGCGGUUCCUUCGUUCAAAGAGACAGAGUGCCUAUUUGUGGCAAUUGCUGUUUUUCGAGGGGAACAACAGGGUGAUUUAAUUUUUGGUGAAGGUGAAUUGAUCAUUGGAACCCACGAAGUGGAACCUGGAUGGUAUUCCGGUUAUACAGACAGUCGAACAGGUGUUUUUCCGCUGACCCAUGUGUGGAGGGUUGAUUCGACAGUUCUAAAGAAACCAGCUGAUAAAAAAUCAGUUCACCGAAAAGCCCGUGUGAAAACUACUCUAAAAGCCCAACUUGCCGAAGAACUUGACCUUUCAGAAGGUGAAAUUGUAACAGUAAGUGAGAUUCUUGAGGACGGUUGGGUGCUCGGAUUUACCUCCGACAACCGCACAGGCACCUUCCCUGAAGCCUUUAUCACCUAUCUUGAAAACAUGGAUCAGCCAGAUGGAGCCUGUCGUUCUCCCGAUCCUAUUCCUUACUCAAUCACCUCAGGGGGAAAAAUUUAUAAGGACUUCGGUAACUCCACUCCCUUUUCAUCGGUCUGCCACGAAGACCCAGCACCCUCUUACCAUGACCUCUUCCCUGACACUCAAUCCUCAGUCUCCCUUCCCUGUGAAACCCCAACCGGCCCAUCACCCCAGCCAGAAAUUGACAAUUUAAAUCCACUGGGGCUGCACCCGUACGCAAUCACUCUCUACCCCUUCAAUGCUCAAUUUCCCAAUGAAUUAAACUUCGAAGCAGGGGAAGUGGUCCACCUCCUGCGCCAUAUAGAUACAGAAUGGGCAGAGGGCACGAUAGAAUCCUCCAAAGGGCUCUUCCCCACGUCCUACGUUAACAUAAUCGUCGACUGCAGGGACUUACCCCCUUCAGAAGGCCCACAAGACCCCCAGGAGCCAUUGCCUUUAGAAGCCCUGCAACCAGGUGAUCUGGCAACAGUCGAAUACACCUUUGAAGCACAAAUGAGUGGAGACCUGAGCAUCAAAGAGGGUGACACAAUCACAGUCGUCGAAAUGGCUAACGACGAUUGGGUCUCCGUUACAAACAGUUCGGGAAACGUUGGUCUCUGCCCCAGAGGGUAUCUUUCCAAGCAAUCCUCAUCUCAACAAACUCUGGAAACUCUGGAGCUCAGCGAAAUCGAGGACUACGUCACAAUCCGGCAUUCGGAACGAUCAAAAACCCCAGAGGAUCAAAACAUUCGACGGAAAUCAGAACCUCAUCGUCCAGCACCACCAGCCCCAGCACCAGGCUCCAUUCCCCUUCAAAAAUUGCUGACCAAUUACCAAGAGAAGAGUCAAACGGAAGAGCAACGAUCGAAUGAAGUAAUCUCGACUCCUUCCCCAGAAUCUUCUUCGGCGAAGCAGAAAAGAGCGGAUAAACGCCAAAACGUGAUCUCAGAACUAGUAAUAACUGAGAAAGAGUAUGUUAGAGAUCUAAAAGUCACUUACGAGACAUUUAAUCUGUACAAUCCAAAUCACCUGGAGUCUCGGGGAAUCGACGUAGUCGUUCUAUUCGGAAAUAUCCUUGAAGUGAUCCACACUGCUGAGGAACUUCUGGACUCAAUCUUGCGAGCAAUGAAGGGAAAAAAUGAGGAUCUCCAGACGAUAGCCCCCUGUUUUCUGAUGAUGAAGGAUAAACUUCAGAUAACGUAUGGUAAGUAUUGUGGAAACCACGAGGCAGCUCUGAGUCUCCUGAAGAAGUACGAAGAGAAUCGAGAGAUAAUGAUCAUUUUUGAGAAGGGGAUAGAGACCCUACGACACCAGGUGAUCUGCUUCGACAUGAGCUCCAUUCUCAUAAAACCAGUCCAAAGGAUUUUAAAAUACCCAUUAAUGCUGUAUGAGCUUGUGAAGUGCACUGAAGAUGAUCAUCCUGAUAAACCAGGUAUCGAAGAAGCAUGGAAGGCGAUGACAAAGGUGGCGUCUCACAUAAACGAGUACAAACGGCGCAAAGACAUUGUCUCAAAGUACCUAGACACUGAUAACACUUUAAUGGCUAAGAUGUCGAAGUUAAAUAUGCACUCUGUGGCGAAAAAAUCCAGCAGAUUGAGUGCGAAAUUGUCGGCGAGUUUGGGAAUUACAAAUAUUGCAGCGGAUCCAACAUUUGAUGAACUUGAGAGGCAGUUCAAAGCUCUUGAGAAGUGCAGCUCUCAGUUAGCUUCAGACAUAGAUCAGUGCAUGAUUUUCUUAAACGAAGAAACUAACAGCGCUGAAUUAUUAUCCGAUUUUCUGAAUCAAUAUCAUUAUGGCAGCAGUGACAAUGAGGUUAAACGAUUGAGUGAGGCGAGAAGAAGCAUUUCUUCCCAGUUUAUUAAUAAAUUAAAGGAGUCUAUCGAGAGGAGAGUGAAUGAACCUGUAUAUUUUUUAAUCAGUUUGCUUGAGGGUCCUGCUUUGUUGAUUACUAAACGAGGGGAUAAACUAUUGGAUUAUGAUAAUGCGAUUUCGAGGGGGGAGAAAUACCGAGAAUCAAAGGUUGUACAGGAAGAGCUGGCAACUGCUAAGACUAAUUACGAAGCUUUAAAUCAACAGCUGUUGGAGGAAUUACCUAUUCUGAUUGAAGCAGGUACUUCAAUCAUUACCACUUCCAUUGAAGCUUUUGCUAAUGCCAGGAAAUUAUUUUUUGGGAGAAUAACGAAGAAGUAUCUGAUGUUGUCAGAGUCUGCGACGCAGGUGACGUCCCAGGAUGUUCUUCAAUCAUUUUUGAUCAAUCAUAAUUUACUAUGGAAUCAAAUCUCACGGUUCAGCUUUGCUGGAGUCAACCCAAAGGUCGAGGCAGCCACUGUUGAGGUUUCCAAUCAGACUGACAAGGAUAAGAAGGUCUUAAUGAACAAGCAUUCCAGAAAUAAUUUGUUUGUUGUGAACCAACACGUCGCUAGUACUUCUUCGUUAGAUCUGGGAGCAAGUAAGGGGACUGUGGUGGCUGUCAUCAAGAGGCAGGAUCCAGGGGGAGAUACCAGUAGGUGGUUCGUUGAUAAUGGGUCCGUCAAGGGAUUCAUUAAGAGUAGUGCACUCGAGCCCAUACCCCAGUGUCGAUCACCACAAAACAAUAAUGACGUCGGUGACUCUGGACGUGUCAUCGGCGACUUAAUGAGCUUGGAGUCACCAGUGAAGGAAAUUAAACAGAAUUUGAUCAGUCUUGAGUCACCUGUUAAACACACCAACCCGUCGACUUCGUUGCAAAGUUCAUUGUAUGAAAAUCUUGGAGAUGACAAUGACAAUCAGAGGGUUGGCAGUCAGCAGAGCAGAUAUCAGAACUUAGAGAAUGAAUUUUAUUAUGCUGACGUUAAUUUCGAGGGCAAUAUACCUGGAACUCUACAGGCGAAACAAGGAAGAGUGCUCAAGUUGAUCAGACCACAUGAUGACAAAGGGAAUAGUGAGUGGUGGCUCGUAAAGGACAGAGAUGGCUAUUCUGGAUAUUUUCCAAAGGAUUAUCUCAUUCCAUGGCAGGCGGGAACAAAUCUUAGACAAAAUUAAGGAGUCAUCUGGGAGUGGUUUUUUAAAAAGUUUUUAAUAAAUAUUGUACUUUCUUGAUACCUGUGAUAGCUAAGUGCAGUGUUUGCUAAAUGCCAACUAUUUUUUACUCGAGUACUGAGGGACUUUCUGCAUUGUUUGUGCUGGAUGUGCAAGCAGGGAUAUUAUUUAUUUAUUUUAUAAUUUAGUGUUAUUUUACGUGAAAAUUAUUGUUGUACUAGUUGAGAUUCGUACUUAUGUGUUAAAGGUGCAAUGAAGUUAAGAAUCGUCAUAUUCAAUUUUAUUGUACGGAUAGUGUUUCAUGGAAAAUAUAAGCUUCAUUUAUUUUUCGGUAA